ACCUGUACCGAAACAAAUAUUUUUUCGUUAUUUUCUCGGAAUUAUGUUUCGUCGCAACAAAACAAAAAAAAAGGGAAACUGCGCAGGACCAGCGGCGACCUUUUAAAGGGAAGAAGAAUAUGGGGAAAGGUAGAGGUCGAGGACGUGGUCGUGGUAAAGGAAAUCUGCAACAGCAACAACAAAGACAGCAACAGCAGCAACAACCACAACAACCACAGAAACAGCAACAGCAACAUGUGUCAUCUGCUACUAAAAAGGGAAUUGAUGAAGAGAAAGAAGCACAGUUUCAAGACAUUGUGUUACAAAAUAAUCCUUCUCAAAUUUCUGAAGAACCUAAGCCUACGGAAGAAGCCUUACCAACUGCACCUAAAUCUUGUCCAAUCAAACCUGAAUCAUCACCUAUUGAACCUAAGAAAAAUGUUAAGCCUGGAGCAGAAACAGUUAAAAUUGAUAAGGAAAAUGACCCACACAAAUCUAAAAGUAAGACAGUGGGUCGUGGGAGAGGAUGCAAUGCAUCUACAGGAUUCUCACCUGGGCAAACAAUAGUAAUAGGGUCCUCCAUCUCACCGACAUCAAAUUCAAAUAGAAAAGAUUUUCCAAUUCCAAAGAGACCAGAUUUUGGAACAGCAGGUCGUAAAAUUAUGUUAACAGCAAAUUUUUUUGCCAUUAAAUUUCCUGACACCGACAUCCAUCAUUAUGAUGUGACAAUUACGGAAGGAAGUUCUGUUGACAAAACUCCAAAAGAAAUGAAUCGUCGUUUAAUUGAACAAAUGGCUUAUUCAAAUCGGAAACUAUUUGGUGUAAGACCAGUGUUUGAUGGAAAGAAGAAUUUGUAUUCAAAAAACCCUUUACCAUUUCAGGGUCAAAAAGAUUUUAUUGUCGAAGAAACUGAGAACGAGAGAACGCGAACAUUUAAGAUAUCAUUAAAAUGGGCUGGUCAGGUCAACUUACUGUCGUUGAAAAAGGCUGUUGAUGCUAAAGGUGAAGUAACUCAAGAUGCGAUUCAAGCACUGGAUUUGGUUCUUCGACAUGCUGCAACAUUAAGGUACAUACCUAUCGGAUCAAAAUUUUUUACAGACACUGGUGCUGUAAAUAUUGGGCUUGGUCGAGAAGUAUGGCAUGGAUACCAUCAAAGUGUUCGACCAUCGAGAUGGAAAUUAUUGAUUAAUAUGGAUACUUCAGCUACAACCUUCUAUCGCGAGGUUCAAGUUAUUGAGUUCUUGUAUGAUAUUACAGAAUAUGAUUGUACUCAAAGCAUGCAAGAUCUAAGAGAUGCAGAUAGAAAGAAGUUCAGUAAAGAAAUUAAGGGGUUGAAGAUUGAAAUUACAUACAUGGGUAAACAGAAACGAAAGUAUCGGGUUAAUAGUUUGACUAGGUUUUCAGCUAGUAAGCAAACCUUCCCAUGUGAAAAAAAUGGAAAGCAAGUCCAGGUUUCUGUUAAAGACUAUUUCCAGACUGAAAAAGCUGUUACUUUGAAAUAUCCUUCACUUCCCUGCCUCCAUGUUGGUGAUCCAAAGAAAAAUAUCUACAUCCCAAUGGAAUGUUGCAAAAUUGUGAAGGGACAACAAUGUAAAAAGAAGCUCAAUGAAGAUUUAGUAGCAAAGAUGAUUAAAAUCACUGCAAAGAGACCUCAUGAAAGAAAGAAUACAAUAAUGCAAAAGGUCAAUGAUGCUAACUUUCAGAAUGAUCCUUAUUUGAAAGGGUUUGGCAUAUCUGUUAAUCCGGAAAUGGAAAAGGUUGAAGCAAGAGUACUACCAACACCUGGCAUUGUUUACGACAAUAAUAAAAAGAUGGUGCCAUCUGGAGGAGCAUGGAAUAUGAAAGGUAUUAGAUUGUAUCGUGGAGCUAAAAUAAAUUGUUGGGGUCUUGUAGUUUACAGUUUCGGAAGACCUAUGCAAGAAAAUGCUAUAUUAAAGUUUCAAGAUGAGUUAAUACGAACAGCUUCAUCUAUGGGUUUGACUAUUGGGAAGCCAUCAUAUCAACGAAUGGCAGAUACUCGAGAUUUGCCUGAAGUUAUUGUGACAGAAGCUUUUCAAAAAGACAACAAUAUGGAGUUACUAGUGGUUAUUCUACCUGGAAAAACACCUUUUUAUGGUGAUUUGAAAAGAAUUUGUGAAACAGAAAAUGGUCAUACCAGUAUAAAAGUUGAUAGCAUUAAAAAACGCUUAGAAGAAAAAGGCUUAUGUACACAGUGCAUUCAAGUGAAAAAUGCAUUAAAAUGCAAUCCAAUGACAUUGGCACAGUUGUGUUUAAAAAUAAAUGCUAAGAUGGGUGGAGUAAAUAAUGCGAUUGAUGUUCAAAACAAACUGACGAGGCCUGUCAAAGUUUUUUGUGAACCAGUUAUAUUUCUUGGUGCUGAUGUUACCCAUCCUGCAGCUGGAGAUAAAGAAAGUCCAUCAAUUGCUGCUGUUGUUGGAAGUGUGGAUUUAUUUCCAAUAAGAUAUGCUGUCUCUGUUCGCAUACAAAAGCAUCGCGUAGAAGUUAUCGAAGAUUUAGAGAACAUAACAAAAGAGUUAUUGGUGCAAUUUUAUCGAGCUUGUAAGGCAAAACCUGCAAAAAUUAUAAUGUUCAGAGAUGGAGUAUCGGAAGGACAGUUUCAACAGGUGUUGAUGUACGAGAUGACAGCAAUACAAAAAGCUUGUAUUUCUCUCGAAAAGGGGUACAAACCUGCAAUCACUUUUAUCAUUGUUCAAAAAAGACACCAUGCUCGGUUUUUUGUUGAAAAUCCUAAAGAUGCCGAUCGUAGUGGCAACUGCCCUCCUGGUACCACAAUCGACAAGAAUGUUUGUCAUCCAUCUGAAUUUGAUUACUAUCAGUAUAGUCAUUCUGGAAUACAGGGUACAAGUCGUCCAACUCACUAUCACGUUCUUUGGGAUGAUAAUGACUUUACUGCUGAUGAACUACAAGCAUUGUCAUUCAUGUUGUGUCAUUUGUAUGUUAGAUGUACUAGAAGUGUUUCUAUUCCUGCUCCAGCUUAUUACGCACAUCAUGUGGCUUUUCGAGCUAGAUAUCACUUGCAAAGGGAGCUCGGAAGUGCUUCAUCUGACAGCAGUGAUUCUGGAGACGUAGUAGAUAAAACGAAACUUUUGAACAUCAAGGAAAUUGUCAAGCCGCAUCGUAGAUUAUUAAGCAUGAUGUACUUUGUGUAGGGGUGAUCUGUUACAUUUAUUUUGUCUUACUUUCAAUGGGCAAUUUUAAAUGUAACUAUAAUUAAAGCUUAGAUUUAUAAUGCUUGAUUUCCAUAUCAAAUUAUUUUACUGGCAUUUUUGUCCUAAAUAACUUUAUCUUUGAGUUGCAUGUUCAAUGAAUGUUUUAUGGGUUUUUACUUCUCAAAAAUUAAAAAAUAUAUACUGAAUAUUGCCUAUUUCUAAUUAUGACAAAUAAAAUCAAUUUAUUUUACAGAGUAUAUAUUAUUUUAUUAAAUUUUAAUAUUAUGAAUUAUCUUUUUCUUUUAUAUGUAAAUAUAUAUUUUAAAUGAUAAUUUUCCAUGUUUAUUAUUGCUGAGCAUGUUCUCCUGUGUGGUGUGUGUGUAACCUGUAUCUUAUACCUUAAAGAAAGUUAUUUUUUUGUUUGUGUAUUUAUGGAAAAAAAAACACACUUUUUAUAGUAACAUAAAAUAAGACUUUGCACUCAAAAUUAAUUUUUGUGAAAACUAAUUCUUACAGGUCAGAAGGUCUUCAUGCAGAAAUGACUUUUUCUUCUAUUUGGGAAUCAGAAUUUAAUGUUUCAAAAUCAUUCUGUAAGCUAACCAAUCAAUAAUGGCUGUACUGAA